AUGGCUAGUAGCUUUGGAGAAGCUGCCAUUAAUGCAUUAGCUAAUUAUGUACUUGAUCAUUUAUCUAGGGGAAAUGUCAUUAUCGUCGAGUCUGAGUAUAGGUUAUUUGAUCAUCCAUCCAUUUCUUACAUUGGAGGGCCUAAAAUUGAGGCAUUUUGUACCCUGAAUGAGAUAUCAGCUUCUAAUAUUGUUGUCUAUAUAAAUUUUCUACUGCUUGAAAUGAUUUCUACUGAUUCAAGCCAGGUGGGGAAGGGUUUGGGUUCUCGGCUAUUAAGGAGUGUGGUGGCUAUAGGCUUUGGAUUAGGUUGUGGUGCAGUUUCACGAACUAAGGAGAGCAGCAAAACAGAAGAGAUCUUUCACUACAAGCCCCCUCCCCCCUUUCAGAUAAAAAGAGGAAAAGUUUCUUGUUCGUUCUUUGCUUCAAUAGUGAACCCCCAGCAAAUGGAAGCCAAAAGAAACAGUAAAAGGAUCGCUUCUGCUCCGCCUAAGUUGUCAAGCCUCCAAGCUGAAGACAAGAGAAACGAUGUCGAAACUUCUUGUAAAUGGACUAUGGGAAACCAGAUGCAUCUGGUAUCUAGUAGCGAUACAUUAUCCAGUACCACCACAACCCCUCCUACUCAGGGAAAGGGCGUCAAUGAGGAUCACAAAGCCAAAAUCCCAAGGUUCGAAGAAGCAUACCAUUCGAGUCUUUUAAAAGUGCCUCAUCGACUAAGGCAGGUAAAUGAAAAUGCCUAUGAACCACAACUAAUUUCAAUUGGUCCUUAUCACCGUGGUAAACCACACUUGAAGGAGAUGGAAGUAUACAAACAGCGGUGUUUAAGUAUGAUUCUUAAUAAAAAUGACAAGGAAAGAGUGGCUAAGGACUUGAACAUAGAACAAGCUCAAAAUUGCUAUUCGCCAUCCUUUGUUCAUAAAGAAAAUAUAUUUAAAGAAACGAUGCUACGGGAUGGUUGCUUUCUUGUUGAGCUAUUGUGUGGGAGGGCAAAUCAUAUUGAUCCCAUUUUCGAACUGGAGUGGGUUAAAAAUGCCUUAUUUUAUGAUAUCUUGCUACUCGAAAAUCAGCUUCCUUUCUAUGUGUUAGACGGUUUGUAUCACUUGAUCAAGGAUCAAACAGAUGGAAAAGACUUGGCUUCCCAGGCUUUCUCUUUCCUUCGUAAUUUCUUGCCAGGGCCAAAGAAUUGGAAUAAAGACCGUCCUAUCAUCAAAGAUACCGACAACAUCAAGCACCUAUUGGGCUUAGUUCAUGAUAAUUGGCUUCCUUCUCCUAAAGGAAUAAUGCGCCAUCAAGCGUACUAUAGACUAAAAGAAGAAGAAGAAAGUGAAGGAAAUGAAGGCCGCCAAGAAAAAUGGAAAUUCACAUUCUGUGGAGUAGAAAAGGCAAAAGAACAGCAAGGUCAAGGCGAUGAAGAGAACGGGAUGAAUAAGGGCGACCACAACUGCAACUACUUCAAAUGCAAAUUCAUAUGUUGUGCAAAAGAAAGGAAAAAUGUAAGAAAAGGCCGAGUGGAGUGGCAGUCCUUACGCUGUGCAACAGAGCUGAAUGAAGCAGGAAUCGAAUUCAAGAAGGUUGAAGUUGACGGUAAUGGGAAAAGCACAGAAGAGAACAAUGUGCAGAGCCUGUUUGAUAUUAACUUUUCAGCUGCGGUUAUGAAGAUUCCAACCUUUGUGGUUGAUGACUGUACGGAUAGCCUCUUUCGUAACCUUAUUGCCUAUGAACUAUACAGGGAAGGUUCGACUUAUGUGAUCGAUUAUGUGACAUUAACGGAUAACCUCAUCAACUCAGACAAGGAUGUGAAAUUGCUUCGUUUAAGUGGAAUCAUCGAGAAUAUGUUGGGUGAUGAUGCAACUGUUGCUAAAAUGAUUAACAAAAUUCGUGACCAUGUUACAUUAUGCGGUAACUCCUUUUAUUACGAGGAGAUAUUUGCAGAAGUGAAGAAGCAUUGCGAAAAACGUAGGAACACAUGGAGGGCGACGCUCUUGCAUGAUUAUUUUUACAGUCCAUGGGCACUCUUCUCCUUUCUUGCCGCUCUUCUCGUUAUCCUCAUUACCAUCACACAAUUUAUAUUUUCAAUCCUUUCUCUUUAACAAUGGGUCGGAGGCAGCCUUGGAUAUUGAAAAAUAUAAACUGAAACUUGUGUUUGAAGUGUUUCUUGCUUGUUGGUGAUUGAUUUACCUUUUGGUUGUUUCUGUUUUUGUUUCUUAUGAAUGUUUUUCUGAUUGUUGUGAAGUUUAGCUGUUUGGUUUGGACAUUUAAGUUGCUUCUAAGUUGGCUUGAGCUUUUGGUUGUCUUGUUUUAUAUCUGGUGAUAUCUCCUCCUCUGUUAUUAGGGAAAAGUAAACAAAAACUUGUACUUUGUUAUUCAAUAAAUUAAGUCUUUUAUUGGAUGAGAAAACUAAACAAAAACCUUUUGGCUUCUCGUCUUGGCUGAGGUAA